GGGAAGAAAACGGACCAACAGGUGGGAAGGAAGAAGAAGUGGUGGUGUCACUUGAUCGCUUCGGCGGCCGGAAGAGCGGAAGUGCGCCCCUUCAGCCGGUAAGCGAGACGAGGUGUGGUGCAGAGCACACCGGAGGAAAUUGGGCGUGCAGCAGCAAUGUGUUUUAUCAAUCUAUGCCACGAAGCAGACAGAAGGAUGGGCAGGGAACGAACAAGGUCGGGAAGAGGAAUGGACGAAGGUAAGGCAAAAUGAAAACAAGAGGGCGACCGAGGGAAGAAGAGGGGGAAAGAAGGCCGGGAAAAAGGCGAUCGGAUCAGAUUAGAUUAUCGUGCGCGCUCACCGACUUCGGAGUUACGGUGGGACGUUCCUCGCCCCCGUCUAUUAUUCGCCAGUCCCGCGCCAGCCCGACGGUUAUCAAUCACCCAGCUCGGACUUGCUUGGGGUUAGGGUAUACGUUAUCCACCUAUUCUCUCCCCCCAGGAGUAAUCUUGUACGCCGGGAUUGCGUCGUUGGCCAUUAGUUGAUUCUAAGCAGGGCUUGACCUUCAGCCUUAUAUAAACCGCGAAGUCUGCUCUGCUGCCUACCGACAAUACUUUGAACUACAUCUUCUACACAUCAGCAUGGCCGAGUCUCCGAAGAGUUUUGAGAUAGUAGUCGUGAGUCAAUCAUGACACUCUACACUCCCCAUCCCACGGGACUCGAAAUUCUCUCACCCUCCCAAGGCCGCACAUGUGGGUACAGGCCUUCUUCCCGUCCAACCUCUGUUUGGUGGUUGUUCCCACCCGCGAUGAGCGCGGAUUCCUUGGCAAGACCAUCGUCUCCAGCAGAGAGAAAAACCGACAAGCACAUGGCAAAAGCGGAUGCAAUUAAUAUUUGCCUCAAUUAUGACGAAGCAAGGCUGACACAUAGAAACAUUGACAUUCGGCGUCGAGUCCCCAAUGGCCCAGGAAAUGGAGCCAAUUACCUCCUCCCGGUUGAACGGUUUUCCAGUCACGGAGACCCUUCAGGAAUUCUUCUCCCUUUUUGACCAGACCGGACCAGACAAGACCCAUCCCACCCCCAACCCGUCUGCACCUGGGUUUUGGUUCAUGAUGGCUGGCAUUAUUCGGUACCACUGCUCCCUCCGUCGUCUGAUCUUAUCAGAUUACGCUAUCCCCUUUCGGGAAAUCCGAACCAUGCGUGUCGUAAUGCACGAACCAAAACCUGUCGACGAUCAGUCGAGGAAAUCCGCCUUCUUAGCCGGGUUCAGUCUAGUGGGAUGGGUAUGGUGAAAACUCUUCCUGGUUACUUGCCUGCGUUAUUACCAGCAAUUGGAGAACUCAUGGUUGAAGUCUCUUAUUGUAAGUGUUUCAAAUGCCGAUGAACGGAAUCCCUUGGAGGCGAAUACGGCCCGAUUCUGGAUGGCUGUCGUUGAACGCGGCAGACCGAC